AUGUUGAAUUUUGAAACAGUUAACCAGCAAUACAUUGGCGGAGUAUGGCAAGAUGGGAAAAGUGAACGAGAGCUUAUUGAUUUGAAUCCGUAUACCAAUGAAGUAAUAACAAAGUUUAAAAUGGCUACCAAGGACGAUAUUCAUUUAGCAUAUGUAUCUGCCCAAAAAGCAAAAUCGGAUGAAUGGGACAACGUGAAUGCAUACCAGAAAUGUGAUAUUUUUACAUCGGCUUUGGAAUAUAUUCAAUCAUAUAAGAACGAAAUUAUUUCACUGCUAAUCCAAGAAAUAGGAAGUACCCGAUUGAAAGGUGCACUUGAAGUCGAUAUUGUUAUAAAAUGUUUACGAGAUGCUGUCACAUAUCCGCUCAAAAUGGAAGGAAAAAUUUUACCGUCAUCCAUUCAUCACAAGGAAAAUCGUGUUUAUCGAGUACCGGUGGGUGUCGUUGGUGUUAUUAGUCCGUCAAACUUUCCUUUUAUUCUGUCGAUGAAAUCAGUCGUCGCUGCAUUGGCAACGGGUAAUGGAGUAGUAACUUUUGAAUGA